AUGCCCAUCAAAAUUUCUGACCUUCUUGAUGGAAAACCAAUGCCUGGGAUGGACCAACAUUUCAAGAACCCAGGGGAGAUAAUCAAGUGUCAGAUUUCUUGUUGUGUUGAGCAUGGGUUACAUCGUGUCAAAGGUAAUUUGUGGAAAGCAGUUAGGGACAAUCAAGGGAUCUUUGAAAGCUCUUUGGCAAAGAUACACUUGGAGACAUCUGAUAUCAGCUCAAAGAUUUUGGCUGAAUCACAAGCCAUUGAAGCGAACUGGAAAGCACUUGCAAAAAAAUUGAAGGGGAUGCAGACUGAACAAGCAAGUCUGAAGAAGGAUAUUGAAGAACUGAAAGAAAAAUACCAGUCUGCUCUACAUGAAUAUCAUAAAGAGCAAAAGAAGAAAUGUUUGGACUUUCAAGAGCUUUGUACUGAUGUUGCCAAUAUCAAGAGAAACUUUGAAGACUAUCAAAAUAAGGAAUCCUUCAAGUUUGAAGCCAUGCAAGAGCAGUGUAAGGAUUGGCAGUCAAAGGUGGAAGAAAGACUCACAUUGGCUGCUCAUGUAGUUCUAAAACACAGAGGCUAG